GAUGUACAUGGUUUUGGGACGAAGACCAAGGUUUUCCUCAAUGGUAAUUGGAUUGGUGUGACAGAUUACCCUGAGGAGGUUGCCGCCAUGUUGAGGAAGAUGCGACGGAAGACACUGGAGUUUUCAGAACUUGCCAUUGUGAAGGAUGAUUCACUAAAUGAAAUCCGGAUACACUGUGAUGGGGGGAGAUGCUGCCGGCCUCUGUUUACUGUUGGUGAUGAGGAUCUAAACAUGAAGAAGGAUCAUGUUGAAAAGCUCCGAGUGGGUGAGAUGAAAUGGAGUCGUUUGGUCAAAGAGGGGCUGGUCGAGUACAUCGAUGCAGAGGAGGAGGAAACUGCAAUGAUUGCGAUGCGUGUAGCUGAUCUUUCACGAAGAAUCAGUGAAUCCCCUGAUUGCCGCUACACACAUUGUGAGAUACAUCCUGCAAUGAUCCUUGGAGCAUUAGCUUCUCUUAUUCCUUUUCCAAAUCACAAUCAGGCCCCCCGGAACACUUACCAAUGUGCAAUGGGAAAGCAGGCAAUGGGACUCUACCUGACAAGCUAUCAGCACCGCAUGGACACCGUAACUCACGUGCUCCAUUACCCACAGAAGCCGCUUGUUUGCAGCAGGGCCACAGAGAACCUUGCCUUCAAGCAACUUCCGGCUGGUCAGAAUGCGAUUGUUGCGAUAUGCUGCUAUGGUGGAUACAACCAAGAGGAUGCGAUGAUCAUGAACCAGUCCUCAAUUGAUCGAGGCUUCUUUCGUUCAACAUCUUUCAGAUCGUACAAGGAUACGGCAAUCAAGGCACCACCCAGCCGUUCAGCCGCACAGAAGGACAAAAGUACAGAAGAUUUGGAGGUGUUUGAGAGACCUGUGGACGGCGACACAUUCAAGAAAUUUUCUCCCUAUGCUUACACCAAGCUGGAUGAUGAUGGACUCCCAGAGCCGGGUGUGAAAGUUUCUGGCAGUGAUGUCAUCAUUGGCAAGACUUGCCGUGUGGAAGAAGUGGCGCAACCUGGUGAAAUAGCUCAGCACAGAAAAAUGGAUUGUAGUAAAUGCCUGACGCGGGGCACAUACGGAGUCGUGGACCAGGUAAUCCUGACAACGGACCCGAAAGGACAGAGACUUGCACGAGUUAAGAUCAGGACUCAUCGUAUUCCAGAGGUCGGUGAUAAGUUCAGCUCUCGACAUGGGCAGAAGGGGACUGUUGGAAUGGUGUAUACGCAAGAAGACAUGCCAUGGACAUGUCAUGGCAUCACGCCGGACAUAAUCAUCAAUCCCCAUGCUAUUCCCUCUCGGAUGACUGCUGGCCAGCUGCUUGAAUGUGUUGUUGGCAAGAUAGCUGCGCGGACCGGGCAAGAAGGAGAUGGCACAGCUUUCAGUGAAACCUCGGCGCACGAGAUGAGGACGAUCUAACGAGGAACCUGUCACCCAAAAGUGUUGGUGCAACAGAAGUGAUUAUUAUAUGUAUGUAUAAGACCCAACCCAUCC